GCUUUAUGAAGUAGAACAAGACUGUAUUUUCUUUUAAAUAAUUCAUCUAAAAUGUCAAAAUUAAUUAGUGAAAUACCUUCUUCCGGUCUUCCCAUAUCCCACCCCACCCCACGAGUGUGUGCAGAGAAGAUUGAGACUUCUGUUAAGAAUGCUUUUCCUGUUUCUACUAUAGCUGCUCCAAAUUUCACACACAAAACCCUCUCCCAAUUUCAAGAUUUCUUUAACCAGAAUAUAUGACGUUUUUGUAGCAGCAUCCGCACGCACGUCUCUAUCCUACACACAAACAUCAAGACAUCUCCUUUAUAUAUCAAACUACAACAACACCCAAGAAACUAUUACCUCUUCUUCUUCUUUUCUUUCUUCUUCAAAAUACGGGGAUGAUAUUUUCAGACUCUUUCCGUUCUCUCUCUCUAAACAAUCAAAACCCUAAUUCAAACCCUAAUCACCAUCUUAUCCGUUCCUCCUCCUCCUCCUCUUCUUCUUCUCUAGACUUCCCUCUUAUGAUCACCACUACCAGCUCUCACAACCAAGAAGACGAUGAAGACGAAGAAGAACAAGAAGAGCUUGAUCUUAACCUUAGUAGUGGUGCAGGUUGCACCUUCAACAAUGGUAAAAUGAUGAUCAAACCAACCAAGACUUGUGCAAGAGGCCAUUGGAGACCAGCUGAAGAUGCUAAACUCAAGGAGCUUGUGGCUCUUUAUGGUCCUCAGAACUGGAACCUUAUCGCUGAGAAACUAGAAGGAAGAUCAGGGAAGAGUUGCAGGUUGAGAUGGUUUAACCAAUUAGACCCAAGAAUUAACAGAAAAGCUUUCACUGAUGAAGAAGAAGAGAGGCUGAUGACUGCUCAUAGAAUGUACGGUAACAAAUGGGCAUUGAUUGCAAGGCUUUUCCCUGGUAGAACUGAUAAUGCCGUCAAGAAUCAUUGGCAUGUAAUCAUGGCUAGAAAGUAUAGAGAACAGUCGAAUGCUCAUAGGAAGAGAAGAAUGUUCAUCACUCAAACUGUUUCAGGAUCCGACACUCCUUCUGCCACUCCACCACCACCUCCGCCGCCGCAGAUCUUAAUCCCCACCGAUGCUCCUCCAGCUUACAAUGGGAUGUUCCAUCAACAGCCACCCCUUGGUUUUAUCUCCGGUGGCAAGAACAACAAUCAAAUGAUGAUGAUGAUGAUGGAUCACAUCUUGAGCAGCAAGAACAAAUGUUGGGACACGUUAUCAUCAUCAUCACCAUCAUCAAACACAUCAUGGAUGAUGGGUAAUAGUACCAGUACCACUAAUAAUUUCUACGAUCAUCAACAUCAAUAUCAUCAUGAUGAUGAUCGUCACAGUGAUCAAAAUGAACAUGCAUUACCAUUGAUGAUGAUGACUGCUGGCAUCAAUCAUCAAUAUUACCAUCAUCAUCAAGGUUACAACAGUAGCAGCAGCCCCUUCUCAUCAGUUGCAGAUAAUUCCGCCAUUGGUACUACUCAUUCAGUAACGACAGUAACACCACCACCACAAGUUUUACAAAGCCAGCAGUUUUCUGAGGCUAAUAUUGACAUUUCACCCCCACUUAUAGACUUUCUUGGAGUUGGAGCCACAUGAAAAAUCAUAUUUAACCAAGACCCUGUAGUUUGAUCAUUAACUUUCGUUUUAUUAGCUUAUGCCAAUUUAAACUAUUUGUCAAUUUGUUAA